AUGGCAGAUAACAAAGAUGUUCCUAUGUCUAAUAACGAAGACAAUGAACUCACGAAGGCUGUAGUAAACCCUAAUAAUGCUGAAAUGAGAAACGGAGAUAACAAAUCACCCCAGCCUCCAGUGACUCCGCCACCAGUUGAAGAAGACACUCAAGAAUUAAUUGUAGUGAACGAAAAUACUGAUAUCCUCGAUCUCAACCACGGCAGAAUUGGAAAAAUCGAAAACCUUGAGCCUCUUAAGAAUUUGGAAAGAUUGUACUUAAGAUGGAACUUAAUAAAGAAAAUAGAAGGUUUAGAUACUCUGCACAAAUUAGUGGAACUUGAACUUUAUGACAAUCAAAUAGUUGUCAUCGAAAAUCUGGACAACUUGGUGAAUCUGGAAAUCUUGGAUCUGUCGUUUAAUAGGAUCAAAGAAAUAACCGGACUUGAAAAACUAUUGAAACUUCGUAAGCUUUUUAUAAGCUCAAAUAAAAUAACAGAAAUCAAAAAUGUCAACCAUUUACCAAAGUUAGAGUUGCUGGAACUCGGAGACAAUCGCAUACGAGAAAUCAAGAACCUAGAAGGCAUGACGACAUUGAAAGAGCUAUAUCUCGGUAAAAAUAAAAUAACUAAAAUACAGAAUCUCGAAGAUCUCGUGAAUUUAGAAAUAAUCGUCCUGCAAAGUAACCGUCUUACAAGGAUUGAGAAUCUUGAACAUUUAACGAACCUGGAACAGUUGUACAUAUCAGAAAACGGCAUCAGCUCCAUAGAAAACCUGUCGAACCAGGUUAAGUUGCAAACAUUAGAUCUGGCUAUGAACAGGAUAACAGUCAUUGAAAAUGUGAGACAUAUGACCGAGUUAGAGGAACUUUGGUUAAAUAACAAUCAAAUAUCUGAAUGGUCAUCAGUUGAUUACCUUCAAGAGAACAAGAAGUUGGCUACCAUAUAUCUUGAACACAAUCCAAUCACAUCGGAUCCGGCUUAUCGGAGGAAGUUAAAGCUAGCGCUGCCGUCUCUACAACAAAUUGAUGCAACACUGUGUAGAUAA